AUGACAUGUUUGAUUGGUGUUCAGACUGACGCUGGUUGUUGGGAGCCAGAUCGCAUCCAGCCGGACUUAUUGAUGCCUACAGACAAAACCUCUGGAAGAGGAGAUUCCUCCAACACCUUCUUCAUGGAGACCGGUUCUGGAAAUCACAUCCCUCAGUCUGUCUGUGUGAACCUUGAGUCCACCAUCAUUAUUUUUCCUGCAGAUGUUAAGCAGAUACUGAUGGUUAAAGAAGAAGCCCCAGAAGACCAAAAACCUAAUGUGGACCUGGAUGACGCAAAGCCGUACCACAUAAAGGAGGAAGAGGAGAGAGUCUGGAUCAGUCAGGGGGAAGAGGAGAGAGUCUGGAUCAGUCAGGGGGAAGAGCUGCGAAAUGUGAAGGAGGAGACAGAAAGUGCCAUAAAGAGUGAGGAUGAUGAACAAUCCCCUCUGCUCUCACAGCUUUAUCAAGGCCAAAUUAAAGACAGAGAACUUCCAGAAGAAAACAAUGGUGGAGAUUUCAUCAAGACAGAAGAUUAUAAAGAUGAUUCCAACUUCUCAGAGUCUGAAGACACCAAGAAGGAUGAAGAGGACGAUGAUGUAGAGCUGAAACACUUGUCAGACUCUGGACUAAAAACCAAAGGCAUGGCCAGAGCUCCUGAGUCAGAUGGAGAACUUGUUAGGAAACCAAAUUCAGAAAUGGCGUCUCCAGGGUUGCUGGAUAUUAAGAAAUGUUUUACAAAGAACAAAAUUGGUGUCUCAAGAAGGAAGGUCAAAACAGGAGAGAAGUUUAGCUGUGAAGACUGUGGCAAAGCAUUUAUUAGAAAACAUCAUUUAAACAGACACAUGAGAAUCCACACAAGAGAGAAACCUUUCUGUUGUGAUGUGUGUGGACGUAGAUUUACUGAUGAAUCAAGAUUUAACAAACACACAAGAAUCCACACAGAACAGAAAUCUUUCGGUUGUGACCUCUGUGGACAUAAAUUUACUGAUAAAUCCAAUUUAAAUAGACACAUGAGAAUCCACGCAAGCCAGAAACCUUUCUGUUGUGAUCUUUGUGGACAUAGAUUUAACCAAAAACAAAAUUUAAACACACACGUGAGAAUCCACACAGGACAGAAACCUUUCUGUUGUGACCUCUGUGGACGUAAAUUUACUGAAAAAUCUAAUUUAAGUAGACACAUGACAAUCCACACAAGACAAAAAACUUUCUGUUGUGAUCUUUGUGGACAUAGAUUUAACCAAAAACAACAUUUAAACACACACAUGUUAAUCCAUACAGGACAGAAGCCUUUCUGUUGUGAAAUCUGUGGACAUUGCUUUAACAUGAAAUCUAGUUUAAACACACACAUGCGAACACACGGAGGACAGAAAUCAUUCUGUUGUGAUGUCUGCGGACAUAAAUUUAGCCGAACAGCACAUUUAAACACACACAUGAGAAUCCACACAGGACAGAAGCCCUUCUGUUGUGAACUCUGUGAACAUAGAUUUUAUGAUAAAUCAAGUUUAAGCAAACAUACAAAAAUCCACACAGGACAGAAGCCUUUCUGUUGUCACGUAUGUGGUAACAAAUUUAGCCGAAAAGCACAUUUAGACUCACACCUGAGAAUCCACACAGGGCAGAAACCUUUCAGUUGUGAUCUCUGUGGACAUAGAUUUAAGACCGAGCUAAAUUGGUCUGUGUAUGUGAGACCUGGACUGUUUUUGGAGGCUCUCUUGGGAUUCCUCCAGCAAAGCAACCAGGGCAGCCCUCCUCUCCUUGGCUGGUAUUUUUAG